GCUGUGAGUCAUGCUCUUGCAACUCUGCCUCCGAGGACACUGACUACUUAAACUUUACCCAGAGACUCCCCAUAGGAGGCAAGAUGGUCUGUGGAUUACAAGAUGAACUUGAAAGAGAAUCUUAAUGCUUCUGUUUGCGAAUCUUCUUCGGUAUGGAGUCUAUGAAGACUGAGAGGGACUGGAACUCUUUGUGCACCUCUUCCCAGUUCUUUUUCAGCCCCUGCAAAUGAUACACAGAACUGAAGACUGAAGCAAAUUGCAAAAAAAUCACCUUUGCUCCAGAAUCAACAAACUCUUCGCCUAAGAUUGGUUCCUGUGUAUCCCAUGUUUAUAAGUCAGUGGAGUCAAGCCCUAAACACACAAGCUGAAAAGUCAAAUAAGGGAAUGAAUUCUUUCUUUUGACAGUUUUUACUUGUUAAACCCAAUUACUAAAUUGGCUCAGACAGAAAAGUGAAGAGAAUGCUCCGUUUUAACCGAUAUCAGCAUCUGAAACAGAUAACACAAAAAUGUGUUUCUAGUAUACAUGUUAAAACAGAUAAACAUACACCACUAUUUCUUUCAAGAACCUUUGCACUCACAGAAUUAAGGAAGUCAUGGUGUUCAACCCACUCUCUUUUGGGAGACAAAAAUAUUAUCCUAAUGGGACCUCCUGGUGCUGGAAAAACAACAGUAGGCAAAAUAAUAGGGCAGAAACUAGGUCGUUGUGUCAUAGAUGUGGAUAAUGAUAUUCUUGAAAAAACUUGGAAUAUGAGUGUGUCUGAAAAAUUACAGGAUGUUGGCAAUGAGCAAUUUUUAGAAGAGGAAGGAAAAGCUGUGUUAAACUUCUCUGCAUCUGGAAGUGUGAUUUCCCUCACUGGGUCCAAUCCCAUGCAUGAUGCUAGCAUGUGGCAUCUAAAGAAAAAUGGCAUAAUUGUAUACCUGGAUGUACCCCUAAUGGAUAUAAUUAGCCGUCUAAAAUUAAUAAAGAUAAAUAGAAUUGUAGGUCAGAAUUCUGGAAUGUCUAUGAAAGAGUUACUUAAGUUUAGGAAACAGUAUUAUAAGAAGUGGUAUGAUGCUCGAGUUCUUUGUGAAAGUGGGGCUUCCCCAGAGGAGAUAGCUGACAAAGUGCUGAAUGAAGUUAAAAGGUACCAAGAUGUGGACUCAGAAACAUUCAUUUCAACAAGGCAUGUUUGUCCUAAAGACUGUGAACAGAAGGUUUCAACAAAAUUCUUUAGCGAAGCUGUGAUUGAGGGCUUAGCUUCUGAUGGUGGACUGUUUGUUCCUGAGAAGGAGUUCCCAAAAUUAAGCUGUGGGGAGUGGAAAAACCUAGUAGGAGCAACCUAUGUAGAAAGAGCACAGAUACUGUUGGAAAGGUGUAUACAUCCUGCGGACAUACCUGCUGCCAGAUUGGGAGAAAUGAUUGAAACUGCUUAUGGGGAAAACUUUGCCUGCUCAAAAAUUGCUCCCAUCAGGCACCUUUCAGGCAACCAGUUCAUCCUGGAGUUGUUUCAUGGGCCAACAGGAUCAUUUAAGGAUUUAUCUUUACAGCUUAUGCCUCAUAUUUUUGCACACUGCAUUCCACCAAGUUGCAAUUAUAUGAUACUUGUAGCUACUUCAGGAGACACAGGGAGUGCAGUCUUAAAUGGUUUUAGUCGUCUUAGUAAGAAUGAGAAGCAAAGAAUAGCUUUGAUCACAUUUUUUCCUGAGAAUGGAAUAAGUGAUUUUCAGAAAGCACAAAUAGUUGGCAGUCAGAGAGAAAAUGCAUGGGCAGUGGGUGUCAAGUCAGAUUUUGAUUUUUGCCAGACAGCUAUAAAAAGAAUUUUUAAAGAUUCUGAUUUCACUGGCUUUCUUACUGUGGAGUAUGGAACAAUAUUAAGUUCAGCUAAUUCCAUAAACUGGGGACGACUGCUUCCUCAGGUAGUUUACCAUGCUUCUGCCUAUCUUGAUCUCGUUAGCCAAGGGUUUAUUUCUUUUGGAAGCCCGGUAGAUGUCUGUAUUCCCACAGGAAACUUUGGAAACAUAUUAGCAGCAGUGUAUGCCAAGAUGAUGGGAAUCCCUAUUAGAAAAUUUAUCUGUGCCUCCAAUCAGAACCAUGUUUUGACCGAUUUUAUAAAAACAGGACAUUAUGAUCUAAGGGAAAGAAAAUUAGCUCAGACUUUUUCACCAUCAAUAGAUAUUCUCAAAUCCUCAAACCUGGAGCGACAUUUACACUUGAUGGCUAAUAAAGAUGGGCAGUUAAUGACAAAAUUAUUUAAUCAGUUAGAAAAUCACCAUCACUUCCAAAUUGAAAAGAUUCUAGUUGAGAAACUUCAGCAGGAUUUUGUGGCUGACUGGUGCUCUGAAGGAGAGUGCCUAGCAGCUAUCAAUUCUACCUAUAAUGCUUCAGGAUAUAUUUUGGAUCCACACACUGCUGUUGCAAAAGUGGUUGCAGACAGAAUGCAAGACAAAACUUGCCCAGUGAUUGUCUCAUCUACAGCUCAUUACUCAAAGUUUGCACCUGCUAUUAUGCAGGCUUUAAAGAUAAAAGAAAUCAACCAAACUUCAUCAAGUCAGCUUUAUUUAUUGGGUUCAUACAAUGCAUUACCUCCACUACAUGAAGCUUUAUUAGAGAGAACAAAACAGCAAGAGAAGAUGGAGUAUCAGGUUUGUUCAGCUGAUAUAAAUGUCCUGAAGAGUCAUGUGGAAAAACUAAUCCAAAAUCAACUCAUAGGAAGGUUUUCUGAGUAGAAUAUUUUUUCCUGGUGAUAAGCAUGCAAUAAUAAAUCUCAAAAAGUUGAUUUGGAGUACAACAGCAUUUGUUUCUAUGUAAAUGUAUACAUAUAUACGUAUAUAUAUUUAUCUGUUAAUUUUUGGAACUUCAGUAGCCUAAUUUCCAGGACCGAUCAUUAUACCUACAUAUACCUCCUUCAAUCCUUAAUCUAGAAGUGACAAAUGGUGGCAAAGUACAUGGAACCUUGUGCUAUCAUGCUUUGCUUUGUGCUCUUGAGGGCUAUAUCAGUUUCUGCUCCCUCAUCUCCACUUUUUAAAUGGACCAAAAUGUAUUCAGUUUUGCAAUUAAAAAUAUUUAAGCACAA